UCUACGAGAAUUCAUUGCCCAUUCUGAGCAAAAUUUAUUUUAUUAGUUUCAGUAUAUUACCUUAGAUGAUUCAAUAAAAAAUGUGGUAAAAAAUAUUGUUCUGCUAUUAUUUUAUAAAUUAUAUAAUAUGAUUGGUAAUCAUGCUGUGUUCAAUGAAAGCAAUCUCUCCUGAAUCUUUUUCCAUUUCAAGCUCAUUUGUUGUAGAAAAUAAGUAAAUAAUUGGAAAGUUGAAGUAUCCAGCAAAAGUACAUUCGACAGUUACAGUUGCACCUUCUCCUACGAACCCUCGGCCAGCAGGAAAUAAUCUUCCGCGUGCCAACCUCGACCUGCAAGUUGUUUCCUACUUCUGUCAUGCAGAGAGCGCCUUGCUCAACAACCAUUUAAAGAAGUAUGAAGAUGGCUGCCGGUGCAUAAACCCCACUCGCUCUCUCCACUACUCCCAUCUUUCUGGUAGCUGGAUCGGCUUGCAAUCUCAUAGUCCGCGGCCUACUUUUCACCUGGGAUUAUGCUGCCUAGCGUUCCUCAACUGUUUCUGUAGUACAACUCUUACCGUUAGCGUACGCGGUCGGUCGCACUGCACUCUGACUUACCUGCCGAAGGCCCGCCUACUUUCUAACAGCUACACUUGUACUCUCGUUCGUCGAUGCUCACGUGUUCGUAGAGUGCUUGGGGAAUUCAUAUCCGUCAAGUUGUUGCACUUGAAACAGUGUUGUUUCUGAUUUUUCGCGUGUUUUUUUUGAGAUUUUUGUGAAUGGAACUUAAAUGUGAUCAAUGGAGAGAGAUGUUUACUUUAGGUGAGCUGGAUUUUUUCGUGGCUUGGUGCAGUCUUAAGUCUUCGGAGGAUGCUUUUGUUCGCCAUAAAAUACAUCGCAAGAACGCAUUUUCGUGAAAUUUUCGUUUUCACGGAUGAGAUCGAGGAAACAUGCACUCAAAACUUUUGAAUACUGCAAUAACAUUAAGAGAGAAUGAGUUUCCCGACUUUCAUUGAAGCUGGCAACUAUCAGGCCCAUAGAGAAAGAAUUAUGACCCUUACGCGGACCCCGUGUGAGCUCGACAAAAUGAGCCUUUUCCAAGAUUUGAAACUGAAAAGGAGAAAAGUGGAUUCACGCUGCAGCAGUGAUGGCGAAUCUGUCGCCGACACUAGUACGUCAUCAGCUGAUCUUCUGAGCCGGUCUUCCCCCAAAAUGGCCGACACCGCUAUGAGUCCGCCCAGCCCGGAUUCGACGCCCCUGCAGCUCCACCCGCCCGAGCCGACGCUGGACAAUCCUGCAAACCGACUGGAAGAGUCUGGAGUAUUCGACGGAGGUGGCUGCGGAGGAACGACAAGCGUUAUAAG